AUGUUACUUGUAACAGAUACCCUGUCUGCACUAACUACAGCUGUCGAGGACAGGCGUAAUGCCAGUGUUCCGGAGGCAGAACACCCUGUAGUGUCUCCCUUUGUGCACGAUUACACUCGGGACUCAAAGGAUUGUUUUGUUCUUGUUGUACAGUCCGAGCCACUGUUCAAAGACUUACCAAAGGAAGGGUCCGCAACCAUGCCAAGAAUUUCUUGUCAAGACAUUGGCAAAUCAGGUGUUCUCUUGAGUCCAAGCAAGGCAAAACAGCUUGCUCAGGCUUCGGCAGCUGCGAGGAGUUCUCGUGCAGCAAACACUAGCAAUUCUGGAGGUAACGAGGCCCUUUCAACAACUAAUCUGGCUGGUGUGUUCAUGCAUUCAACAGAGUUUCUGCGCAUCCGCGACCUGCAUGACCCAGACAACCGCUAUUCAGGCCUUGGCUCACUUAAAGAAACAAAAGUGGAGUGUCCGGAUACAUGGCACUACAGGUGGAACAUCAGCAAGAGCGACAAGGAUGAUGCAUCUGAUCGUGAGAGACUUGGGUCUCGAAAUUACCAACUCAUCAUGUGCCAUAUGCAGUUGCUGCCUUCCGUGGGGUAUGCCAAGGCAGAAGUUCUCAAAGGCAAGAGGAAGGCUUCAGAGGAUCUUGCUGAUUCAUUGCAAGCAAAGAAGCACGCUGCUGCAUCCGGCCAAGAUGACAGUAUGGAUGAGCUCUGA